AUGUAUACUGGUAUUGCUUGGGGGCGAGGCGUCUGUCCACUUGCUCGCUCAUACCAGGAACUUCUCGAUGAAUUCUCCAACAAAGACCUCAGCUCUGUCGGCAACUAUACUCUCGGCCGUCUCAUUGGAAAAGGAUCUUUCGGCAAAGUCUACUUGGCCACUCACAAGCUCACCAAUGGAUCCAAGGUCGUUCUCAAGUCCGCAAACAAAGGCGACUCGAAUCUCGCGCGAGAGAUCCAUCACCACCGACAAUUUGUCCAUCCUCACAUCGCACGAUUAUACGAGGUCAUAGUCACGGAAAACUUGGUGUGGCUGGUACUGGAAUAUUGCGCUGGCGAUGAGCUUUACAACUACCUCCUCGAACACGGCCCGCUGCCUGUGCACAAAGUCCAAAAGAUUUUUGCCCAGCUCGUCGGCGCCGUCGCAUAUGUACAUCAACAGUCUUGUGUCCACCGCGAUUUGAAACUCGAAAAUAUCCUCUUCGACAAGCACGAGAAUGUCAAAUUGGUGGACUUUGGCUUCACCAGAGAAUACGAGGGCAAGUCCAACUAUCUGCAGACGUUUUGCGGCACAAUAUGCUACUCCGCGCCCGAAAUGCUCAAGGGCGAGAAAUACGCUGGGGAAAAGGUCGACGUUUGGAGCUUGGGUGUUAUUCUAUACGCUUUGUUAUCGCCAUUUUCGACGCCUUUGGAAAAGGAGACUCUUCAGCGUAUGCGGAGCGCGGGUGUCGCCAUUGACUCGGUCAUAGAAAGUGUUCUGGCCCAGCGGUGCGAUGCUUUAGCCGGCUGGUGGACUCUCCUCAUCGAAAAGGAGCAGCGAAAAGUGCGGCGGAGGGAGAGGAAGCGUCGCGAACGAGAGGCUGAGAACAGAAGCCUGCGUCGCCUGUCUGCGGCGUCAAGUCGACUCGAGCGGAUUGCGCCGGUGCUGCAGGAGGUCGACGAGCACGGCGGGCUGACAAAUCGUUUCAUCAGGCUCGAAGAUGCGCCGAUAACCCCAAGGACGAGAGGGCGGUCGGAGAGGAGGAGCGCCCACUACUCGGAUUUCGGAGACUUGCCAGGGCUGCCAGAACACGCCAAGGAGAAUGGAGGCCCGGAUACGGACGAGCGCCCGCCACCUCCAAUCGACAAGGACUCGGUCCGGUCUGCGAGCACAUCCGGACAUGGUCGCCCGGUUCCUCCCCCUAAGGAGGGUUUGAUCCGCAGCGCGAGAUCUCGCGGUUCGACUCUUCACCUAGUGACCACCUCCGAAGCUUUGGCGGCUAACAGAACGCCAGAGCGACCCCCUGAUCAGCAACAAAAAGUCCGAAAGAAGCCGUCACAGGCCAUCAUUGCCCAUUGGAAGCACUGGACGCAUUGGUUCUUUGAAAACACCCGUAGGACUAGGCACGCAAGCAAGAGAGGCAGCCACUCAACACCCAGCUUGGUCGACAAGAACGGCAGUGUUGCAGGUAACAGCAGCAAGCACUCAAAGGACAGUAGUCCUCGGCCGCAGACGGGCAAGAAUCCGACGACGGACAACUCCGUAGCUCAGGCCAAGGCCGGUUUACCUCGCGGAGUGGUAGCCAAUGGCCACUUAAACAAGGCCCUGCCAGGUCAUAGGGGGUCUGGCGCAUUCAACAGCCCGGGAUCGGGAGGAGGCUCCACACCAUCGCAAAUGCCGUCUCGGAUAUCGACAUCAUACAAGCGACAGUCACUGUCGCCAUCUCCCAUGACCCCUCGAACAACAAUGCGGCGCUCCUCCGCAGGGCUGAGAGGUCGUAAAUCAACUUCAUCGUCUGUAUCUUCUAUUCGAUCAAUGCCCCACCACCAUCACUCUCAUUCCAAGGCUUCCUCGACAAGCUCAAAUGGCUCAGUGUCGACAUCAAUAUCCAAAAACACUCUUCAGCGCGGACAGUCACCCCACCAUUCUGUCAAGGUCCUUCCUGCCACCCCAACCUCUACGACAUUUCCAUCCAAUAUCCGCCUAGUGCGGGGACCCGGGCCCCCGGCUCCUCUUGCUCUGUUCAAUGAGGGCAUGCCCCUGCCACCAGUGUCGGGGGCGCAGGCUCCCGGCUCACCGAAUCCUUUUGCGCAGGGAGGGGGUAUCCAAUUUGUCAAGCGAAAGCGGAACAUCUUCAAGGGACCAAUGCUAACCUUCGGUGGCGGAGGUGCUGGUGGCGGCGGAAGCGGCGCACGAAGUACGGGAUCCAGUCAUUCCCGGAGCGCAAGUGCUUCCGGUAUGGGGCGUCGGUCUGGCGAGGUGACCAUACAAGAAGAGGAGGAAGGUGAAGAAGCUGAAGAAGAGAUUGAGGAAGUCGACGUCUUUACACCCGUUGUUGGAGGACCGGGUGAGCGCAUUGAAGAGCAGAUCAUUGAGGAUGGCGAGACUGUCGUGGGAGACCAAGCUAAAGCAGACGCCAGCGCUGCUCCCGUCACGCCAAAGACGACGGCCCCGCCAGCUUAA